CUGAACAGCUCAACUCGGCUCAACCUUCUACUGAUCGUACCUCCGGGUUAUGUGAACUGCUGCCUCAAGUUUACACAACAAUAACAAAAGUUCAUAUCUUGGCGAGAGAAAAGGAGGUUAGGCGCCCCACAAAUGUACUGAAUAUUAAGUGAUAUGCCUUUGAUUAAGAUAUAAGCUUCAGAACUUGUGGCAGCUAAGUGAACUCGCCCGGCCUGGAACAAGUACUAAGAAAUAAUAAUGUAAAGGAAGGCACAGCAGCAUCACCACCAUGCCAAUCCAGGACUUUGUAACCUCCCUGACAGACAACCCGUACUUCAGUGCUGGGUUUGGUCUGUUCGGUGUGGGUGCAGGGGCAGCAGUGAUGAGGAAAGGGUACAUGAUGGGCAUGAUUCUGUUCCGCCGGCACUACAUGACAACACUGGAGGUGCCGUGUCGAGACAAGUCCUACCAGUGGCUGCUGCAGUGGAUCACCCACAAGGGGGCCAAGAAGACACAGCAUCUCAGUGUGGAGACAAAAUUCAAGCAAAUAGAGACUGGCAAGAUCACGACACACCAUGACUUUAUUCCCAGCGUUGGUGAACAUUUCUUCUGGUAUAAGGGAACAUGGAUACGAAUAGAACGGACAAGAUCACAGCAAACUUUAGACCUUCAUAUGGGUGUUCCCUUCGAAAAUGUCAAACUCACUUCCUUUGGCAAGAAUAAGGAUCUUUUCCUUGAUAUUUUAGCCGAGGCUCGUGACUUGGCAGUGAAACAAAAUGAAGGGAAGACCAUCAUGUACACAGCGUAUGGCUCUGAGUGGCGGCAGUUUGGCAAUCCUCGCAAGCCCAGACCACUUGACUCUGUAGUUCUGGAUGAAGGAAUUGCAGAGCGGAUACUUACAGAUGUGCAAGAUUUCAUGAAUAACCCUGAGUGGUAUUCCAACAGAGGAAUCCCUUACAGGCGAGGGUACUUACUGCACGGCCCGCCUGGGUGUGGCAAGAGCUCCUUCAUCACGGCACUGGCGGGGAAGCUGCAGCUGGGCAUCUGUGUCCUUAAUCUCAGUGAAAGAGGACUUACUGAUGAUAGACUAAAUCACCUGCUGGCACUAGCUCCUGAGAACACUAUAAUCCUGUUGGAAGAUGUCGAUUCAGCGUUCACAAAUAGAGAGGAAACUGCAGAAGUGAAGGCAGCGUAUUCUGGGUUAAACAGACUGACCUUCAGUGGUCUGUUGAACUGUCUUGAUGGGGUUGCCUCUUCAGAAGCAAGGAUAGUGUUCAUGACAACCAAUUAUCCUGAAAGACUUGAUGCAGCCUUGAUCCGGCCUGGCCGUGUGGAUCGGAAGGAGUACAUUGGGCACUGCACGCCACACCAGCUGGUGACAAUGUACCGGAGGUUCUACCCUGAAGUCCCUGUUGACAAUGCAUUCUCCUUCUCAGAGGCAAUACAAAACCUAAUGGUACCUGUAAGUGCUGCUACUGUACAAGGACACUUCAUGCAGCAUAAAGAGGAUCCCAUGGGAGCACUUCACAAUGCUUCAACUCUGAAACUUGGUGAUUUAAUUUAAAAACUUUAUAGUAAAUUAAAAUGAAUGUUAAAUAUACUGUAUAUAUACUGUUAAUAUACUGUGUUUGGAGUUAUCCUAAUAUACAUAUGGGUGCAGAUAGGUGGAGCAUCCUUAUUUGUAAUACUGUGUGUAAUACACUUCCAUAUUUAACAAGACAGCCAGUAUUUAAAGAUACAUAUGUUGAUUAGGUUUGAUAUGUAAUGCUCUAAUAUGGAUAAACUUAUUGCUGCAG